AUGUCCCGGGACGCCGCCGCCGCCGGGCUGAACCCGCCCUACAAGGAGGAGGAGGAGGAGGACUCCGACGAGGACGACAACGUGCCGCUGGCGAUCUCCCGCGACAAGAAGAAAGCGAGCGCCUCCAAGGUCAAGAAGGAAGAGGAGGACGAUGAGGAUGACGUCCCGCUCGCACACUCCCGGGCCAGGAAAGGAAAUGAGAAGCCAAAAAGCACCCCCAGUAGCAAGCAGAAGGCAUCUAAAGUUAAGAAAGAAGAAACUGCUUCUGAUGAUGACGACUUCGAGGAAGAUGAGAAGCCGCAGAAGACUCCCACUAGCAAGCCAAAAGCUUCUAAUAAAGUUAAGAAAGAAGAAACCGGUUCUGACCGCAAGAAGAGAAGUCCAGCUGUCAGUAAACCUAAGACCUCCAAGGUUAAGAAACCAAAAGACGAGCCUGAUACCAAGGAGAACAAGAAAAUAAAGAAAGAAGGUGAUAUCAAGCAAGAUGGAAAUAAGGUGAAGAAGGAGAGGAAGGUGUAUGAAUUGCCAGGGCAGAAACACGAUCCUCCUCCCGAAAGGGAUCCAUUGAGGAUAUUUUAUGAAUCACUCUACGAGCAGGUGCCAGAUAGCGAAAUGGCUGCAGUCUGGUUGAUGGAAUGGGGUUUGCUCCCAGAGGAUGUGGCCAGAAAGGUCUUUCAGAAGAAACAGGCCCAGAAACUGAAGUCACCAGUCAAAUUACUUGCUGCACCAAGAAAGACAAGUUCUCCAACCAAGAGAGUACUAAUGUUAUGUGAAGAAAAAACCAACUCAGGUACAAAGAGCUCUGGAAAAACCACAGCACAGAAGAAAAAGAGGGCAUCUAGUCCUAGUGACACAGAUGACGAUGACGAUGACUUUGUCACGCCGACAAAGACCAAAAGCAAGAGCGCUGGAAAAACCACAGGAAAGAAGAAAAGGAAGGCAUCGAGCAACACAGAUGACGAUGAGGACGAAAUCAUGCCGACCAAGACCAAACGGCAGAAGAUCUAGCUAGGUAUCUGAUCCUUAAACAAGACAUGUCCUUUGUUGAUCAUUUUCAUUAUGCUAGAUCAGGAUAACCUUAGAAAAUGCUGAGAAAAUUUCAACUUUCGUGUGAACCUGGAGCAAAACUAUUGUGGUGAAGCAGUACACUGUUUCCAUGUUUUCCAGUACUUGAGUAGUGUUUUUCUCUUUCUGCUCCGAAUGCUAAUGAGAGUUUGUUAAA